AAGCUUAAGUUGUAGCUGGAGGUGUAUUUGUGUGAGUCAUGUCUCCUAUUUGCGUUAUUGCUCCCAGACGUUUGCAUAUAUUAUAGUUAUUAUUGUGAAGAGAUUCAUCCGAAGAUAUACCUGGGUUCAAAUCGGGGGCUCCAAACACAUUCAUGAAGUGGUGCUACACAAGUGUGGCUGCUGUGCAACAAAGACACUCACAGGCUGCACAAUGGACAAAAAUAAGAAAGAAAGAAAGUCAAAGUGUGAUACUCCGUGCAAGGACGCGUUUGGGCCACUUCACGUCAACGUCAAAACACCAACAACCGUAAUUCUUCUGCUGAGGUCCCCCGAAGACGAUGUUGUGGUUAUUGCAUGUGAAGCACUCUACGGUUUUGCAGAGGAAGGUGCUGGGAAUUAUCUGCGACAUGCAUGCAUUGGUGCUUUUUCUAUCACCAUUCUACUCAUACUUGUGUUUUGUCUCCCCCUGCUGGCGGUAGAUGAUAAAAAGGUUUAUCUGAUGGAGCUUGGAGCAUUGGAGCAGCUACGUCAGCUCGUCAAUCACAGCAAUGAGUUGGUCAGACGCAAUGCAUUCAUGGUUCUGGGCAGAAUGUCCACCAACAGUGCUGUUGUCGGUGCCCUGCAACAAAUGGAUAUCAUCCCAUCAAUCAUUGACAAAUUAUCACUUGAUGGUUAGUUCUCUCAAACUCUUCUCAACAAUCUCCACAAUAUGUUUUACUGAUGGUAUUCCACCCUCUCCAAUAAGACUCAGUUAUUCAAGACAAUGGGACGCUGUGCCUGUCUUUUCUGUCCGUGGGUCCUUGCUGCACAGCCCAGAUUGUUGACAACAACGGUCUGCCGCCAUUAAUCAAGCUCCUCUCCAGUAUAGAACCAGAUAUUCAGAAGAACUCUCUCGAGACCAUCUACAACCUGGUUCAAUACGCGAGUUGGGCGGGAUCCCGAUCCUUCUGGAGCUGCUUGAUUCACCCUACGCUGUCAUUCAGCAGCUGGCUUUAAAAACACUACAAAAGGUCACAGCUGAUAAAGAGUCACACAGCAUUCUAAGAAAAGAGCAAGGACUUGUUAAGCUCGUGGAGAUCCUCAAAGAUGUGAACUUGGAUGACCUCCAUUUUGAGACCUUGCAGGUUCUUGCUAACUGUAUAAGUGAUAGCGAAAACUUAGAGCUAAUCCAGAAUGGAGGAGGACUCACCCUGCUGGUAGAGCUUCUUCUUCCCCCUCAACUACCGGAAAUAGAGUCCGAUCCUGUUAAAUGCGUCAGUAAAGAAAUCUACUCCAUUGCUGUUAAAUGUGUCUCCAAGGCUACUCAGCACUGUAAGCACAGAACAAAACAUUGCCAUUUUAGUGAUGCUAGUCUUAUUUGUUGGACUUGUGUUCAUGUAUGCAGCCGACAGUCACAAAGCUCUCCAUGAGCUGAACGUCGAGGGGAUUCUGGUGGAUCUCCUGUCGGAGGGCAACGAUUGUGAGAAAACAUACGCUUGUCAAGCUGUGGCUGCCAUGAGCUCCUUCCUGGCCAGCAAAGAACAGUUCAGGGAUUUAGAUGUUUUCCCUGCUCUGGUACGGUUACUAAACAAUGGGAAUUUGGUGUUGAGAGGGGAAGCGCUCCAGGCCCUCGCCAACCUCACAUCUGGAAACAAACUCAACACUUUGGCACUAUAUGAAGCAGGAGGACUUAAGCGCCUUGUGAAGCGACUCAGUGACAGCUGUCCUAGAACGGUGGCCAAUGCUGCAGCCAUGCUUUGCAGGUUAGCAGUACAGGAGGAGGACAUUCAAUACGAUGUGUUGUCACGGGGAGCCAUGCCAGCGCUGGUGAAGCCUUUACACUCAACGGACGCACAGAUCCUGAUCAACGCUACAUUGUGUAUCUGUGAACUGGCGUUUCACGCGGAUGCCAGGGCACAGCUACGGCGAGCUAAUGGUCUCGAGCCACUGGUCAAUUUGCUGCGUUCCACUCACACUGAGGUGCUGCGCUGCACCUGCAUGGCAAUCUGUGUGUGUGCAAAGGAUGAGCCCACUGCUGUGGCGAUGUGCAAAUUUGGAGCGCUGGAAAUGCUUCACGAAAUCAACCAGUCGGAGAACAGUAAGACCAAGUUCAGCGAGUUUGCCUUGAACAGUCUCAUUCAAUCCAGCUUGUCUCUCAAAUAUGGCCUGACGGGUUGUUUGGCUUCCACGGAUGUUAUCACUGAUGGUUUCUUUGAUGCUGGGAAGUUCUGGUUUGGUCAGAAAGUUUUGACUCUAGAGGAACUUUCGAUGGAGCCAGUCAACCAACGCUUGACCAUCAUUGCCGUUAACGCAUCGAUUGAGAACAGUGCGGAUGGAGCACAACAGUUCGUGUCUCCUCAAGGAAAGGUGAUGGAUGACAUCUCAUUGCAGCUUCUGGUGAAAGAGGUCAAAGAGUCCAUCCUGAUUUUGAAUGAUGAGGCGGAGCAGUGUGCUGCUUUGGCAAGGCGUGUAUGCGACGCCAUGGGUGGAGCAACAGAGAAGGAAGAGUUGCAUCGUUUCGGAUGGCUGCUGCACAUCUGCCUGCUUAAAUGCCAACUGCAAUGCAAUGUGGUCCCCAUCGGCAUGAUCAGCAAGGGGUUCUACUGUCACAGGGCACUUCUUUUUAAGUACUUGGCCGAUUGCAUCGGUGUGAGGUGUACUCUGGUUCGAGGGGACAACAACCGAGCUUGGAAUGAAGUACUCCUCUACAAGGAAGAUCCCUCCAGCAACGGAUACUCUAUACAGCCAUGUUGCUACAUUGUUGACCUCAUGCACCAGCCUGGAAACUUAAUAGGAGCCAACACCGCUGCUGCAAUACGAUAUAACAGUAUAUAGAUUAUUAUAUGAAUUUGAUUUCUAAGACUGUACAUGAGAAGGGAAACACAAAAACACAGAAUUAAGGUAAAAGCUAAAAUCAAGAUGAAAGAACACCAAGAUCAUCUAUUAUUUUGCUUUUUCUACCUUUGUAUUUUGAGUUUAAGGACACUAUUUUUGUAUGCUUAAGUUUUCCACAUUCUGAACAACAGCAUCUAAAACCCUCUAAAAUAACUACAAUAUAAUGCAGUUAAACACACUGAGCGAGCUGUUUGUUGUUUUGGCUUAAAGUACAAUAUUGACAUAUUGAUGUAAGACCUCAUUUUCAAGAUCCAUUUUGGACAAAAAAGACAAUCAUAUUGCUUUGCUUCUCUACAGUUGUUUGAUGACUGCUUCAUUGAUCACCAUUAUCUUAAAAGUAGAGGCAAUUUCAGUCAAAGUUGCAUAUGAAUGCUCAAGCUGAACUAAAAAGUAGAAUGCAGGUUGAAAUACCCUGGAAAUGUGUUUAAAUCUAUUCACCCACCGGGAACCAAACUAGCAACCAUCAAGUUGGGGGACGACUACUCUGACCUGAGCCAUGCCACUAUGCACACAAUAAGCCAGGGGUGUCCAAACUUUUUCCAGCGAGGGCCACAUACGGAAAAAUGAAAGGAUGCAAGGGCCACUUUGAUAUUUUGUAAACCAACACAGAGAUGUGCUAAGAACUACUUGUAUAUGUAGCUCAAGAAAAAAAUUGCAUUUCAAAAAAAUUGCAUUUCACCUUUGUAACAUACGUGAAAUGCUACUAAAAAUGAUGUUUUUUCCAUAAUAAUACGAGUUUAUUCUUGUAAAAUUGAGACUUUUGUUCUUCAUUUGAUUAUGACUUUUUUCUUAAUAUUUUGACUUUAUUCCCAUAAAAUUACAGCUGUUUUUUCAAAUUUCUGCUGUUUUAAUUUUCCAAAUAUUUCAU